AUGGUUUCCCCUAAUAAAAACACAGUGGUGAAUAUUUCGAUAUUAAAAAGUGAAUUUUUGGCAUAUAAAUGUUUGAAUUUUCCUGGAACUAUAACACACUAUUUAAAAUUCUAUAAUGAACCGCGAGCGGUUUCGUUAUUACCCCCAAGGGCUCAUUCAGUAAGAACAGAUGAUUCGAACUCUAUGAAUCGUCCAAGUAGUGUAUUUUUAUUUGGUAUUAUACUCAAAGAAAUUGUUGCUGCUUUACACAGAAUAUACUUAAACCCCAAUGGUAACAUCUAUCCAGUAUUCAAUGAUAUGAUAGGACCUAACUCUUACAAUCUGUCCUUACUCGUUAAUGAUAGAAGAGGUCGUAUUGGUUUAGCCUCAAGAGACCAGUCAGCCAUGUUACAAGUAUUACAGUACAUCAUGGAAAAUUUCACUUACCAUAUGACUGAAAUUAUGCCAGCAACAGGUGUUUUAGGAACACAUCGUAAAUCAUCUGUAUUCGAAAUGAUCAAAAACAACAAGAGAUUUCCUGAUGGUUAUUUCUGGCAAAUUGAGUUGGAUCAGCUGCAGUUUAACGAGAGUGGCAAGUCAUAUAAUAUUGGUAAUGAUGAAGCAUUCUUAUUGUUAGUUGGCAUCUUUAUCUCGAGAAGUUUAAUAACAACGCUAUUAUUAAAGCCUAUAGAUUAUGGUUUAUCGACCAGUACACUGCCAGAUAAUGCUGAUGGUAAUUUAAAAGUAUUUGCUACUAUUAUGUUAUUUCUGGUAAGAAGAGUAUCUGUACCAAGAGGUCGACCGAUGAUGCCAAUGCCAGGAGAGAUUGUCAGAUAUGUUUAUUCUGAUGGAGAAUUUAGAACUGUACAUUUGAGGUUGAGAAGAUCGUAUGAAUAUUGUGAGAAUUUAUUGAGAGAUUGGGGUCAAGAAUAUGUAAAGAGAUUGAGAAAUGCCAUAACGUCUAAUUCAACAAAGGCACCUAACAAUCCUAUUAAAAGAAAUUAA